AUGUCGCUCUCCAAAAAGGAGGACGAGGCGGGGCUGAACUCGUACUACAAUAACAAGGCGACGAUCCUCCAAGAAGCUCGCGUCUUCAAUGAGUCGCCCAUCUCCCCGCGCAAGUGCAGGGCACUGCUCACGCGCAUUGUCUACCUGCUCUAUAUCGGAGAGACCUUCGGCACGCAGGAGGCGACUACUAUAUUCUUCGGGACGACCAAGCUCUUCCAACAUAAAGAUAGUGCAUUGAGGCAGAUGGUCUACCUGGCGAUCAAGGAGUUGGCCACGACGGCCGAGGACGUGAUCAUGGUCACGUCGAGCAUCAUGAAGGAUAUGCAGCCCAACUCUGAGGUCAUCUACCGGCCCAACGCGAUUCGCGCGCUGUGCCGCAUCAUCGACCCGAGCAUGGUCCAGGGCGUCGAGCGUGUCUUCAAGGCCGCCAUCGUCGACCGCACGCCGUCGAUUUCUUCCGCCGCGCUCGUAUCUUCCUACCAUCUGUUCCCCCUCGCAAAAGAUGUCGUCCGUCGCUGGGUAAACGAGACGCAGGAGGCCGUCAACGCCAAGGCAAGCACCGGCCUCUUCGGCUCAUCCAGCGGAGGCGGAUACCUCGGCUUCGGCGGCUCCAACUCUAGCCAGAACUCUGGAUACAGCCCGAUGCCGAGCACGAGCUACAUCACCCAGUACCAUGCACUCGGCCUUCUCUACUAUAUCCGUCGACAGGACAGGAUGGCAGUCACCAAGAUGAUCCAGCAGCUCGGCGGAGGCAAAUCUGGUUCGGGAACUACGCUCAAGAACCCGAUGGCACUCUGCAUGCUCAUUCGUUAUGCGGCAAAGAUCAUGGAAGAGGACCCCAACAUGCAAAAGCCUAUGUUCGACCUGCUUGAGGGUUUCUUGCGCCACAAGAGCGAUAUGGUCAACUACGAGGCAGCUCGCGCCAUUUGCGAAAUGAAGGGUGUUAGCGCCCAGCAAUUAACGCGUUCAAUUGCCGUCCUCCAGUUAUUCCUGUCUUCUCCAAAGGCAACGCUCAAGUUCGCCGCCACGCGCACUCUCGCGACUCUCGCCCUCUCUCACCCUGCAAGCGUCGCGACCUGCAAUGUCGACCUCGAGAACUUGAUCUCCGACAAUAACCGCUCGGUCGCGACUUACGCUAUCACGACCUUGCUCAAGACCGGCAAUGAAGCUUCGGUCGACCGCCUCAUGAAGCAGAUCUCAGGUUUCAUGAGUGAGAUCUCGGAUGAGUUCAAGGUCAUCAUCGUCGACGCCAUUCGGUCUCUCUGCCUCAAGUUCCCUGCGAAGCACGCAAGCAUGCUCGGUUUCCUCAGCGGUGUUCUUCGCGACGAGGGCGGUUACGACUUCAAGCGCGCCGUCGUCGAGGCCAUCUUUGAUAUGAUCAAGUUCAUCGGGGAAUGCAAGGAGCAGGCGCUCGGUCAUCUAUGCGAGUUCAUCGAAGAUUGCGAGUUCACGAAGCUUUCCGUGCGCAUCUUGCACCUCCUCGGCGUCGAAGGUCCGCGUUCUGCGCAUCCUGCCAAGUUCAUCCGCUUCAUCUACAACCGCGUCGUACUCGAGAACGCGACCGUGCGAGCGGCUGCUGUGGCGAGCAUGGCGAAGUUCGGCGUGCUUGAGGACGAGAAGCUCCAGAAGAGCAUCUCAGUCUUGCUCAACCGUUGCCUUGAUGAUGUCGACGAUGAAGUGCGCGACCGUGCCGCCUUCUAUCUCCGCACAAUCCGCGCGGCACCCCUUGCGGAGAAAUAUGUCAAGGACGAUUCGGUGUAUUCGUUGAGCGCGCUCGAGAGCAAGCUUGUAGCGUACAUCAACGACCCGUCCUCCUCGCGCUCUGCAUUGGAUGUUGCUUCUGUCCCGCGCAUCUCCCGUGCGCAGGCCGUACAGGAGUCUGCGCGCCCCUCAUCACUCGACACGAUCGGCGCGCCAGCUGCCACCACCUCCGCGCCGUCCCCACCGCCGCCCACCGCCGAGCAGACGGCUUCCGCCUACGCCACUGCGCUUUCGGAAGUACCAGAGUUCGCGAACUACGGCCCAGUGCUGAACAGCUCGUCCAAGCCUGCGCAACUCACGGAGAGCGAAACGGAGUACCAAGUGUCCGUUGUCAAGCACGUCUUCGCGGAGCACAUUGUCUUCCAGUUCAACGUCAGCAAUACCUUGCCAGACACUGUUCUCGAGCAACUUGCAGUUGUCAUGGCUCCUUCUGAGGGUGCAGGGCUCACAGAAGACUUCAUCCUCACCCUUCCAUCGCUCGCCGCCUCGACUUCUCCUGGCAUCGUCUACGUCUCGUUCACGCGCAACGAGCCGGAGAGCUUCCCUGUGGCGAGUUUCGGCUGUGUGCUCAAGUUCAUCAGCAAAGAGGUCGACCCAAGCACUGGCGAGCCCGAGGAGGAGGGCUACGAGGACGAGUAUCAGCUCGAGGAUGUGGAGUUGGCUGCUGGUGGGGACUACCUUGUGCCGAGCUAUGCGAACUUUGCGCAAGAGUGGGAGCGGCUGCGUGCGGCACCGAACGCAACCGAAACGUUUGCGCUCUCCGCGAUGGACAGCAUCCAGGCGGCAUGCGAUUCGAUCGUCGAGAUCCUCGGGCUUGCGGCUCUCGGGGGUUCGCAGACGGCUGGUACCGGCCCCGUACACACGAUGCAACUCGCAGGCCUGCUCAUUGGCGGUGGCGGCAAGGUUCUCGUACGUUGCCGGAUGACGCACUCGCGCGGAGAGGGCGUAACGCUCGAGCUUGUCGUACGCGCCGAACAGCAAGCCGCGUGUGACCUUGUGCUGGCAGCGAUUGGUGGUUAG